CAGAGGGGGAUAGGAGCUGGCUGAAUGGACUUGGGGGGUACAGCGUGGAAAUAAGGAGUGUGCUGAAUCACUAGGGAGAGAGCAGUUAGGAGUACAUAGCAAGGUGUGUAAACGUUUUUGUAUGAGAGACUGACUUGAUUUGUAAACUUUCACUUAAAGCACAAUAAAAAUAAAUAAAAUGUUUUUUAAAAUAAAAAAUAUAUAUAGGUUAUGAUCAGCUUUCUUAAACAUAUCUAUAAUAUAAAAUUCAAGUAUUCUCUUCCAGAAUAUAUUAUAGGAGUGGAAGUUAACUUUUUGUGAACUCUUAGCCAUGUUUUGUACAUAUGCCAUUAUAUAAAACUGUUCAUUUAAAAUAAUCAUAUGGAUUAUUGACAGAUAAACCACUAGAUUUAAAAACGAUUGUUUUUAUAGUUGUGUAAGUGUAAAAAAAUAAUGCUGUUUCAUUAUUCAAGGGUACUUAAUACUUUCAAAGUCCGUUAAAAGCCAGUUUGCUAACAAAGGGGCAAGCCAAACUAUCACUAUGAAAGGGGCCCUGUGUGUGUACGUGCGUGUGUGUGUGUGUGUCCGUGUAUGUGUGGGUGGGAGUCCUGAAGAACCCAGAAUCCUCCCUUUUUCUUCCCAAAUUAUACUCAAACGAAUUGUAAAAUUUCUGAGAUGCUCCUUUCUUUUUCUGUUUUUCUAGAACAUCAAGGGACAUGAGAAAUGGCACAGCAAUCACAGAGUUCAUUCUCAUAGGCUUUCCUGGUAUCCAGGGACUACAAAUCCCUCUCUUCAUAGUGAUCUUUCUCAUCUACAUAUUAACCCUUGGAGGCAAUGGGCUCAUUAUCAUCAUUGUCUGGGCUGAGCCCAGGCUACAAAUUCCAAUGUAUUUCUUCCUUUGCAACUUGUCCUUCCUUGAGAUCUGGUACACCACCACGGUCAUCCCCAAACUGCUAGAAACCUUUGUGGUAGCAAGAACAGUUAUUUGCAUUCCCUGCUGCCUGCUGCAGGCCUUCUUCCACUUCUUCCUGGGCACCACCGAGUUCCUCAUUCUCACUGUCAUGUCUUUUGACCGCUACCUGGCCAUCUGCAAGCCCCUUCACUACCCUACCAUCAUGACCAGCAACCUCUGCCUGCGGCUGGCCCUCAGUUCCUGGGUGGCAGGCUUCACCAUUAUCUUUUGUCAGACGCUGCCACUUAUCCAGGUGCCAUUCUGUGGCAACAAUGUCAUCAAUCAUUUCUACUGCGAUGUUGGUCCCAUCCUGAAAGCUGCCUGCACUGACACCACCCUUUUGGAGCUCCUGAGUCUCCUGGCAACCAGCUUGGUGAUCCCAGGGUCACUCUUCUUUACAACAAUUUCUUAUAUCUGCAUACUGUCCACCAUCCUACAGAUUUCUUCAGCCACUGGCCGCCAGAAAGCUUUCUCUACCUGUGCCUCUCACCUGACAGUUGUCUCCCUACUCUACGGAGCUGUUCUGUUCAUGUACCUAAGACCCACAACACACUCCUCCUUUAACAUUAAUAAGGUGGUAUCUGUGCUAAAUACUAUCCUCACCCCCCUUCUGAAUCCCUUUAUUUAUACCAUUAGAAACAAGGAGGUGAAAGGAGCCCUGAUGAAGGCAAUGGCUUGUCCAAAGGCUCAUCAUCAAGAGAAAAACGUGCAACACAGCCCAUAG